AUGGCCGAAAAAGAAGAGUUGACUCGAAAGAAAAGAUGUCGAAACGGACAUAGAACCUCAGCAAAACGAAUUAUGGCGUCUAUAGGCGAAACUCUUAUGAGUGUGGCGGAGAAAUCGCAGUUAACUCCGCAUAUUGCGAAGUUAAAACAACAAAAGUCAACACUCGAAGCGAAGUUGAAAUCACUCCGAGAGCAAGAUGAAGCUAUUUUGGCGCUGGUAAGUGUAGAGGACAUAGAGUUAGAGAUUGAGCAAGGGGAUAUUUCACGAGAGAAAAUCGAGUCUGUUAUUAUUGAAGUACAAAUGGCUUUAGAUGAAUAUGAGAAAUCAAGUACUACACAAUUGUAUACUGAAAACAAUGUCAUAACUCCAGUUACCCCUACGCAACCCACUACAUCCAUAACAGGGAAUAAUUCAGAAACUGCCAGUAACCAUGGUGACAACAGUAUACAAGCUGACCCUUCAAAUUUCAUGAAUAAUUACACCAAAAUACCCACAGUAAAGUUGCCAAAGUUAACUCUUAGGGCAUUUCGGGGAGAUCCCACAUCUUGGGCGACAUUCUGGGAUACUUUUGAGUCGUCAAUUCACAACAAUCCCACAGUAUCAAGUAUUGAUAAAUUUAAUUACCUCUCGUCACUUGUGGAAGGAACAGCAGCAGAUGCAAUUGCAGGAUUAACCUUAACCACUCUAAAUUAUGAAGAAGCCAUCAAAAUAUUGAAGAAGCGGUUUGGUAACAAACAGCUUGCAAUCAAUAAACACAUGGAUAUUCUGUUAAAUCUAGAGCCAGUUACUUCUCCACAUAACUUAAAGGGACUGAGAACACUUUAUGACACUGUAGAAUCUCAUAUCAGAGCUUUGAAAUCACUUGGGGUACAGGCAGAAACAUAUGGCACUCUAUUAUGCUCAAUGUUACUCAAUAAGUCACCUCAGGAAUUGUGCAUAAUAGUGAGUCGAGAAGUACAAGGAGAUGUUUGGGAAUUGGGACACUUGCUUGAGUUGAUUGAGAAGGAGCUAGAGGCCCGAGAAAGAGCAACUGCAAAUACCAACAGGGAGACUUGGCCCCAUUACCAAACAAAGAAAUUUUCCAAACCACAACCCUCAAUUUCAACCUUGCAGACAGGGGGUACAUCACCGACAUGCACCUACUGUCAGCAGUCACAUACCUCAAAUAGUUGCACCAAUGUCUCUAACAUCACAGCACGAAUUGACAUUAUAAAGCGAAGUGGACGGUGUUUUCUCUGCUUGAGAAAAAAUCAUUUAAGUCGUGAUUGCAACUCUAAGUCAAGAUGUCAUAAAUGCAAUGGUAAACACCACAUAAGUAUAUGCACCAAGAAUAGCAGUCAUAACCAUGCCCAGAAGACCCCAUCCGAUACAGAGCUUAAGCAACAACAGCAUGAACAAACCUCUGAGGGCAAAAUCUCAAGCAACAAACCCAGUAGAUCAAAUCAAUCAGGGAAUAGUGGCACAAAAUCAUUGUUUACAAGUACCAAGACCCCAAUACUUCUUCAAACUGCAAAGGCAACAAUCCUUCCUGUGAGUAGAAAUG